UACCAGGAUGCCGUGAACGAUUGACUCAUUUGAGGUCAUUGAUAUUACGAAAGAAAGGGCGUGGAUACCAAGCUUUGCCUGCCGUUCAAACCGCGCCUUCGCACCUGUUCCAUCCACGUGUCGCUCAACUACUGGACCGCUUCGUCACGCCACCUCCGUUGCCGUGACGAAGUCGCCAUCUCUAUCGCUAUAAAUCCAGGCCUUGGCCUCCUUUCUUCCUCACAAUUGCCGUUGUUUUGCUUCUCUUCAAUCUGAAAAAUCUUCCUUCAAAUUCUCUUUCCAAGCUUCUUCAGCCUCUCAAGAUGCAAAUCUUUGUGAAAACCCUCACCGGAAAGACCAUCACCCUUGAGGUGGAGUCUUCUGACACCAUCGACAACGUCAAGGCCAAGAUCCAGGACAAGGAAGGGAUCCCCCCAGACCAGCAGCGUCUUAUCUUCGCCGGAAAGCAGCUCGAAGACGGCCGAACCCUCGCAGACUACAACAUCCAAAAGGAGUCAACCCUCCACUUGGUGCUCCGUCUGCGUGGUGGCAUGCAGAUCUUUGUCAAGACCCUCACCGGUAAGACUAUCACCCUUGAGGUCGAAAGCUCCGACACCAUUGACAACGUCAAGGCAAAAAUUCAGGACAAGGAGGGCAUCCCCCCAGACCAGCAGAGAUUGAUCUUUGCCGGAAAGCAGCUAGAGGAUGGCAGGACCCUUGCCGACUACAAUAUCCAGAAGGAGUCGACCCUUCACUUGGUUCUCCGUCUCCGUGGUGGUAUGCAAAUCUUCGUCAAGACCCUUACAGGGAAGACCAUCACCCUUGAGGUGGAGAGCUCCGACACCAUAGACAACGUGAAGGCCAAGAUUCAAGAUAAGGAGGGCAUCCCACCGGACCAGCAGAGGCUUAUCUUUGCAGGAAAGCAGCUCGAGGACGGCCGCACCCUUGCCGACUACAACAUCCAGAAAGAGUCCACUCUCCAUUUGGUGCUUCGUCUCCGUGGUGGCAUGCAGAUUUUUGUGAAGACCCUGACUGGCAAGACCAUCACUUUGGAGGUUGAGAGCUCCGACACCAUCGACAAUGUUAAGGCCAAGAUCCAGGACAAGGAAGGGAUCCCACCGGACCAGCAGAGGCUGAUCUUUGCCGGGAAGCAGCUCGAGGAUGGCCGCACUUUGGCGGACUACAACAUCCAGAAGGAGUCGACCCUUCACUUGGUGCUACGUCUGAGGGGUGGUAUGCAGAUCUUUGUGAAGACCUUGACAGGGAAGACCAUCACCUUGGAGGUGGAGAGCUCGGACACCAUCGACAAUGUGAAGGCAAAGAUCCAGGACAAGGAGGGUAUUCCUCCGGACCAGCAGAGGUUGAUCUUCGCUGGUAAGCAGUUGGAGGAUGGAAGGACCCUGGCUGAUUACAACAUCCAGAAGGAGUCCACCCUUCACCUUGUCCUCCGUCUCCGUGGUGGUUUCUAAGUGCUGGUGUGGCCGGUGACCGUCUGCUAUUUGUUCCCGUUGGAAGAAGUUUAUGGUUUAUAUUUUAUGUUUUUAAGUUUAAUGGUACUGUUUUUGCCUCCUAAGAUGAGGCAUCUGGGCAAGUUUGUGUUAUCUUAUAUUAUGUUUCUAUAAAUAAAUUCGGUUCCGGUUUAUAAUAAUUUCGUCA